AUGAAAGCCGCUGUUUGCGCGCUGCUGCGGGACCUGCGGGACGUGUGUCUGCUGAGCUGGGUGCCUUACUACGUGAUAGAGCCUGAGGAAGAGUUUGCAUGUCUUUCGAAGUGUUUGUCUUUGGCAGAGAGCUGCAGCACGGAGCAGCAGUUGCUGCCGCUCUCCGCUCCUCUUGCUGCUCUCAUUCUGCAGAACACUCUCCCCAGCAGCCUCCCCGUCCGGCAGCAAAAAGACCUCCUCGAAAAAAUGCUCCGCGCAGCCAAACUCGUCGCCGUCUGA